AUGAUGACAAAGUUCUACCAACACAUCUUAUCCUUGGCAUUUGCUGUAAAUGAGGUUAACAAGAACCCAAACAUCUUACCGAAUUUCACACUUGGAUUCCACAUCUAUGACAGCUACAAUGAUGCACAGAUGACCUAUCGCACCACCAUGAAACUUCUCUUCAACAGCCAUAGAUUUGUCCCCAACUAUGAAUGUGAUACCCUCAAAAAACUAAUAGCUGUCAUCGGGGCACUUGCAUUUGAUACCUCACUCAACAUGGCAUACAUCUUAAAUCCUUACAAGAUUCCACAGCUCACUUAUGGCUCCUUUGCCCCAGUAGUGAGUGAGAUGAGGAAGCUGCCUUCCUUUUUCCACAUGGUCCCAAAUGAAGCCUAUCAGUAUAAUGGAAUUAUCAGUUUGCUAAAGCAUUUUGGAUGGAUGUUGGUUGGACUUUUUGUGGUGGAUGAUGAUCAGGGAGAUCGUUUCCUGCAAGCCGUGGGGCCAUUGCUUUCUAACAAUGGAAUCUGUGUGGACUUCACAAAACUAAUCCCCAAUGAAAUCCAUUUUAGUUCUAGAGAUAUAAGAACUGAUCUGGCUGAUAAUAUUUAUCAACUUAUCAAUUUUAGGAAAUCCAGAAUAUUUGUAAUUUAUGGUGAAACAUCUGUGAUGAUGUAUAUAUGGUAUUUUACAAUUGAUUUAGGAGGUAUUGGACAUGAGCAAAGUAUCUUGCGCGCAAAGGUAUGGAUUAUAACAGCCCAGAUUGAUUUUAUCAUAUCAACCCUACUACGGAAUUCUGAUUUACAUGUGUUCCAUGGAGCCAUUGCCUUCUCCAUUCACUCAAAUGAACCUUUGGGGUUCCAAAAAUAUCUUCAAAUCCUAAAACCCACAUGGAGACAAGCAGAUGAUUUUCUGGAGGAGUUCUGGGAGCAAGCUUUUGACUGUUCAGCUCCUGAUCCCCUGGUGCCAUACAAGGUCUCUGGAAGAUGUACUGGGGAGGAGAAACUGGAGACCCUUCCUGGACCUUUUUUUGAGAUGCGAAUGACUGGCCACAGCUAUGGUAUUUAUAAUGCUGUCUAUGCUGUGGCACAUGCUUUACAUGCCCUGUAUUCAUCUAGAUUCAACCACAGAGGAACUCUCCAUGGCAAGCAAGAUGAACUUCAAGAUCUGAAGCCAUGGCAGGUCCUGCCCAUUUCUGUCUGUAGUGACUCCUGCCAACCCGGUUAUCAGAAGAUAAUGAAAGAAGGGGAGAAGUUUUGUUGCUAUGAUUGUAAUCCAUGUCCAGAAGGGAAGAUUUCAAACCAAACUGUCUUGGUGCUGCAAACCUUUAUUAAGCACAGAGAUACCCCAAUAGUCAAAGCCAACAAUCGGGGCCUCACCUACACUCUCCUCAUCUCUCUCCUGCUCUGCUUCCUCUCUUCUUUCCUAUUCAUUGGCCAACCUGGGAAACUGAACUGCUUUCUCCAACAACCAGUGAUUGGUUUGAUCUUCUCGGUGGCUGUUUCUAGUGUCUUGGCCAAAACCAUCACUGUCGUUGUAGCUUUCAUGGCCACCAAGCCAGGUUCUAACAUGAGAAAGUGGGUGGGAAAAAGACUGGCCACCUCCAUUGUCCUUUCCUGCUCCCUCAUUCAAGCUGGCAUUUGUGCUUUGUGGCUCACAAUGUCUCCCCCAUUCCCAGACUUAGAUAUGCACUCAGUCCCUGAAGAAAUCACAGUACGAUGUAAUGCAGGCUCUGCCAUCAUAUUUUCUUUUCUUUUGGGCUACAUGGGACUUCUGUCCGUCAUCAGCUUCUGGGUGGCUUUCCUUGCCAGGAAAUUGCCAGACAGCUUUAAUGAAGCCAAGUUCAUCACUUUCAGCAUGCUGACGUUUUGCAGUGUUUGGUUGUCUUUUGUUCCAGCCUACCUAAGCACCAAAGGGAAAUACAUGGUAGCUGUAGAGAUCUUCUCCAUCUUAGCUUCCAGUGCUGGUUUAUUAGGCUGUAUCUUUUCCCCCAAAUGUUACAUUAUUCUCUUUAAGCCUGAGUUGAACAGCAGGGAGCAGCUCAUAAGAAAAAAGAAUUAA